AUGCGUCGGCACGAAUGUGUCGGCUCGACCGGAGUGACACCACGGCCUCACAGAAAACCGGCGAGAAGCAACACUUGUAUUUACGCCAUGGUUUGUGUGAUCUCCCAAUUCCAAGAAUACCUCGACGGUCGUGGCACUGCUGCCUUCGAAAACGUCGAUCGGAAUACGGUGCAGUACACGGCAACGGCUCAACAGACUACCACCACCAGCUCUGCUCCAAGUGGACGCCGUCGCUCCGCUGGACGACCUAUGCCAAGCCGCUGUGACCCUGAGGAGUUUUCCGAAGCACCCACCAAAAUCAUCAGUCCUAUUUUAAAAGUUCCUCCUAGUGAAGAACCCGAUAAAUUGACACGUGCGUCAGUGUUGUCGCGACCAAGUCGCUCGGCAGUGAAGAAACACGUCCAGUUCCCCGACGAACAAAGCUGCAUCGAGGAAGCAAUCGAGGCUCCUCAACCAGGUCCCAAUGAAAAACCGGGUGAGAACCUUUUCCUAAUGUCAAUGCCAUACGUUACCAAGGAUAUUCUCCUGUGUCGUGGAAGCGCGCGUCAUCUCCUCGUUGUGGAUGGAACUGGAGUCGGAAGCUCCAGCGCCAGAGCGCUGACGCCGGCGGAGCGAGCAGUACUACCGGCCAGUUUCCCGAGCUCGGAACGAGCGUCGGAAAAUGUCAGCAGCCGGAGUACCGCCCGCAGACGACACACAGAAGGAUUCCCUGUAAACUUACCGACCACUGGAUGCAAGAUUAACCUCGAUCAACAUGAAGCUAAUUGGCUGUACGCAAGCAGGGUAAUGCGAGGCUAA